UAACAUAUUCUAAUGUAUUACAGGUGAAGAAGAAAGCAUAGAAUGGAAUGGGAAAACCAAACCAUUCUGGUGGAAUUUUUUCUGAAGGGGCUUUCUGGUUACCCAAGGCUUGAACUACUCUUUUAUAUGCUAGUCUUAAUAAUGUAUGUGGUCAUCCUUCUGGGAAAUGGCACCCUUAUUCUCAUCAGUAUCUUAGACUCCCACCUUCACACCCCUAUGUACUUCUUCCUGGGGAACCUCUCCUUCCUGGACAUCUGCUUCACCACUGUCUCCAUUCCCCCCAUGCUGGUGAGCUUCCUCUCAGAAAAAAAGACCAUCUCCUUCUCUGGCUGUGCCGUGCAGAUGUUCCUUGGCUUGGCCAUGGGGACAACAGAGUGUGUGCUCCUGGGCAUGAUGGCCUUUGACCGGUAUGUGGCUAUUUGCAACCCUCUGAGAUAUUCUGUCAUCAUGAGCAAGGGUUCCUAUGUGCCCAUGGCAGCUGGCUCCUGGAUCAUAGGAGUUGUCAACUCUACAGUACAAACUGGGUGUGUAGUACAAUUGCCUUUCUGCAGGAAUAAUGUCAUCAACCAUUUCACCUGUGAAAUUCUGGCUGUCAUGAAAUUGGCCUGUGCUGAUAUCUCACGUAAUGAGUUCAUCAUGCUAGUGGCCACAACCUUAUUCAUAAUGACACCAUUAUUGCUAAUCAUUAUCUCUUACACAUUAAUUAUUAUCAGCAUCCUCAGAAUUCGCUCUUCUGAGGGGAGAAGCAAAGUCUUCUCUACCUGCUCAGCCCACUUGACUGUGGUGAUAAUAUUCUAUGGAACCAUUCUCUUCAUGUACAUGAAGCCCAAGUCUAAAGAGACAUUUAAUUCAGAUGACAUGGAUGCUACUGACAAACUUGUAUCUGUGUUCUAUGGAGUGAUGACUCCUAUGAUUAAUCCUUUAAUCUAUAGUCUCAGAAACAGGGAUGUGAAGGAAGCAGUAAAACAUUUACUGAGAAGAAAAAAUUUUAAUAAGUAAAU